CGCCGCUCUGUUGUUAUAGUAUUUUCUAUUUUUUUUUUUUUUUUCCUAUUUUUGGCCACUUGUCUAUUACGACCAGAGAUUACGACAUUCAGCCAGCUUAUUUCUUAAUAUUUAAUUAGCGUUUAAAAUCGGACAAAUACAGACUCACACACACAUUUAACACCCAUGUCCGAGGCCGGAAUCGAACCGGCGACCUUGCGUCUACUAGAAUGCGGCGCAAUCAUUUCGACCACAAGGCCGACAAUAUUUUCUAUAGUAGGGGCAAGGAGAAGAUGGAGAGAAGUGGAGAGAAGGAACUAACCUAAAAAUUCUAAGAUUUUAUUUUGAGCGAGAUUGUUUUUUAAGUAUUAAAUGAUGAAAUUUUGUAUUAAAAUUGUAGUUCUAUCAAUAAGUUUAUCAAUUUUACAUAUAGAAAGUGCUUCAUCAACAUUAACACCAAAAAAUAGAGGUAAUAAAAAGAAAAUUCAAGAAAAACCAUUGAAAAUUAGGACAGGUCCUCAAAAAUACUCCGUUUUUGAUAAAAGUUUUGUUACUGAAACUGUAGUUGCUAAAGAUAUUCUAGAGAAUUAUCAAGCCUUUUUCACUGAGACUGACGAAUAUAAUUUUAAUGGUUUAGUUUUAGGUUAUGUUACCCCGUGGAAUAAUCAUGGGUAUGAUGUAGCAAAGAUAUUUGGGAAUAAGUUUACACACAUAAGCCCUGUGUGGCUUCAAAUUAGAAGAAAAGGACCAAAAUUGUACAGUCUGACUGGCACUCAUGAUAUUGAUAAAAAAUGGGUAAUAACUGUAAAAAAUGCUGGAAGGGAAAGAAAGACAAAAGUUCUUCCGAGAGUUAUAUUUGAGGGUUGGACAUUAAGCGAUUAUACUGCACUUUUCAAUGACAAGAAUGAAUUAAAUUCCUUGACACAAACCUUAGUGGAGUCUUGUAAACAAUAUAGUUUUGAUGGUUUUACUCUCGAGGUAUGGACACAAAUAGCUGGGGCUGUAAAAUCUGAUAUUUUAGUUGCAUUUGUUAAAUUUGUAGGUGAUACCUUUGCUUUAGAAAAAUUACAUUUUGUAUUGGUUAUACCUCCUAAGCGAAGUGAAUAUGAAUUAUUUACAAAGGAUCAGUUUGACCAGCUAUAUGAUCACGUAACUGCAUUUUCACUAAUGACUUAUGAUUAUUCAAAUUCCCAAAUACCAGGUCCAAAUGCUCCAUCUUCAUGGGUUGAGGAUUCUAUAACAUCUAUCAGUUCAAAUCUUACCCAAAGACCAAAGAUUUUAAUGGGUUUAAACUUUUAUGGAAAUGAUUAUACAGCAUCUGGUGGAGGAUCAAUUAUAUUUCAUGAUUAUAUUAAACUUCUUAAAAAAAAUCCAGAACAGAAACUUAAAUAUAAUCCUGAAGUAGAAGAGCAUUAUUUUGAUUAUAAGGACGAUAAGGGUGUGAAACAUUUGGUAUUUUAUCCAACCUUGUAUUCCAUAUUUAAAAAAAUUGAUUUAGCACAUAGAUUAAACACUGGUAUUUCUAUAUGGGAGAUUGGACAAGGAUUGGAUUAUUUCUAUGAUUUACUGUGAUAAUUUCAAUAUAGAUAAGUUAGCAUUUCAAAUUAAAAGUUUUAAAUAGAUAAAGUUAACAUCCAAAUGGGUGAUGCAUUUAUAUAUUUACAGAGAUAGGGACCUAUUCAAGAAACUUUUAGUCCAACUGUAUAUUUUGUUACCUACAUUAAAAAAUUAUUUAAAUUUGCCAUUUUACUUAUUUCAAUGUGUUCUUUAUUAUUAAAUAUUUUUACUAAA